UUCUUGACGUGGCCGCGUGUCGCCCGCAGCACGCGCUAGGGAGACAUUCGAGGAGUGCAGGCGGAGCAAACACCGUCAGAUUAAAUUUCUUUCCUCGACGCUCUUUCGGCAACAAAUAGGGAGAGGCGUACCGCGCGAGCCGGCGGGUCGAAGUAGGCGGAUGAAUCGAUCAUCGUCGGGUUCUUUGGAUUAUUGUUCGCUGGAUUUCGAUCUGUGCCGGUGGAGGUGUUCGCCAAGAUGAAGAUAUUUUAGGUUUUGGAAAAGCCUACUAUAUCUGCAUAAGGUUUCCUUUAAUAUCUUGCGAUAAAGUUUACUGAUCUCUCAAUCUUGGUCUGGGAACAAAGAGAAUAUCAAAUUGUUGAUCCCCGAUGUGAGAUUACCACUUUGUCAGAGGAAACCAAUAAUUUCUGCUUUCCUGGUUGACAUUCAUAAGAUGGAACCUGAUCUGGUCAUGGAAGUACCUGACACUCCUGACAGACUGGCACAGUUGGCUAACAAGUCAUCUGGCAGUUCAUUCCAGAAUGAGAAUAUCAAUGUAGAAGUUGAUCCAUUGUCACCAAGCCAAGGUAUCAAGCAUCUUUUACAAAGGAGGAAUUCUAAACAUCUGAAUCUGAAGGAUACUGGUGAAAGAUAUGAUAGUACUAGAAGUACAACUCUUGCUGAUAAGAUCCUAUCUACCCCGGGCAAAUCAAUGUCUGAAACAGUGAAUAUGAAACCUUUGCUCGGCACUUCAUUUGAAGUUGGUAAAAGUGCGGUUUCCAUGGACAACAAGGAGAGGGUGAAAAGAACUGACUUGAAUCAUGACACACUUACCUUACUAAAUGGUGCAAUAUGUGAGGAUGCUAAGAGGAAGAGAGGGAAAGGAUUGCUAAGUGAAAACAGUGGGGUACUUAGAAGCUAUGGAAGCAGUGCAUUACUUGGUAUGGGAUCAUCACUUCCUUCUAUGUCAGUUGGGCAUGGACGGAGUCAGAUUGGAAUGGUUAUAUCUGAUAAAGACAAUUUAAGUUUGCAGAAUGCUUGUGCUGAUAUGAAAUUCAGAGACAAGGGAAAAGGAGUUGAUUCAUGUAGUGGGGUACAUUCCGAAUCUCAUCAGGAUCUAGCAAGUGUAAUACAAACUGUUGUUCCUCAGAGACCUAGGGGGCUGAGAAGGUUAGUUCGGAAUGGCUGUAUCUCUCCUUAUAACAUAGCAAGGGUCAGUAAUGAAUCUGAGGUUAACUGUCAGAAUGGAAAGACAUCUGGUGGACAGAAAUGUUCUUCGUUUGCUAGAAUUAGUGAUCAAGAUAAAUUACAGGGAAUAGAUAUAUUGGAUGAUUUGCAACCCAAAGUAAGCCAGAGAAAGCUGGUGAGAAAUGUUUGCAUCUCCCAUAACAGUUCAGGGAGUUCAAAACAGCCAAUAGAGGAUGAACUGAUGGAGAUAGAGUUCGGAAGAGUGCCAAAGCCUAAUAGGACAUCAAAUCAAAUACACAAUGUCAAUCCUGAUUCUAGAGGCAGAAGUGAUGAUGUCAAGAAAGGGAAAGGGAAAGCAAAAACUGAUAUUUAUACAAUGACAAAUGGGCAACAUGGUAAAGCUAAUUUUCCAUUGAGCAGGCUGGAUUCUAGGAAAGAUGUAGCUAUUUAUGGAGAUAGCAACACUGAUGUUUUGGGCUUUGAAGAUCAAGGAAGGAAGACAGAAGGUUGGAGAGAAAAGGAAUCUACAGUGUCAUCAUUUAAGACUGCUAACAUAUGUGAGAGCGAAGCCUCUGGUCACCAAUCUGAUCAGAGUAAUGUAGUUGCAAUAGGAACUGGUAAUCAUUUUAAAAUUUUACUUGAUAAUUCUGAAUCAUUUGCAUUGCUUGAAACAAAUUUAAUCACAGAAAGACCUUCUUCUGAGUCAGACCUGGAAAGCAGAAGAAAAAAGCAUACAGAUAGGAAGCGGAAAUAUGGUUCAUCUAGUAAUUUUAAUGGUGAAAGCUCUAGUUCAGUUCUUGAUUGGCGAUUCUCAAAAUCGAGAUCGACUAAAACUCAUAAUCCUCAUGAACGUGGUAUUAUUUUGGGAUCAGUUAUAGAAGUUGAUGAGCUGCAUUCACCGGAAGCAAGAUCUAGUAAUCUUCAAGAACAAAGUCAUAGUAUUUUUGAUAGUUGCAAUGCAAUGACUAGGCGGGUUGAGUCAGAUGAGUUAUUCGCUCAGCAACUUCAAGAGCAGCUUUAUAAUGAAUCACCAGGAAUCAGAAACAGGGAGGAGAUUGAUGCAUCAAUAGCAUGGUCCUUGCAGCAAGAGGAGAAUGCUCGGCCUAUGUCUUUACCUUCAUGGCAAACUCAACGUAAUCGUAGGGACAGGUUAAUUACACGUCUGCAUUCUCAACAACUACCUGGGAAUUACUUGCCCCAGUCAGUAAAUACUGCUCAAUAUGGAUUAUCAAUGAGAUCUGCACCAUGGAUGAGAUAUGUUGACUUUCCCGAAAUGGAUGUUAAUAUGAGGUCUGACUUACUUGAUGAACUAGACGCUGGAAUGAAUAGUAUUAGUUACACAACUAAUAUUCUUCACAUUCAACGGGACUUUGAUGAAAAUGACUAUGAGACGUUGUUGGCCCUUGAUGAAAACAACCAUCAACAUUCUGGUGCUUCAGAAAACCAAAUCAACAAUUUACCACAAUCGACAGUCCAGGCUGAUACUAUUGAAGAGUGUGCUGUCUGUCUUGAGAAACCAUCUAUUGGAGAUAUCAUUAGACAUUUACCAUGCUUACAUAAAUUCCACAAAGAUUGCAUUGACCAAUGGCUGCGAAGAAAGACAUCAUGUCCAGUGUGCAAAAGUGGUAUCACUUGAUAAUGAGAUUAUUGCUGGCUAGAAGUUGCAGGAAGAAAUGUGAUAUUUUAUUUGUCAGGUCUUUACUUGAUAAUGAGCGCCUGCUGUUGGAAGAAGCUCUAUUUUGGCCUCCCUAUAGCUAACUGGCAUGACACCUGCAAUGAUUUAAUGCCCUUGCGAAGCUUCACAUUCUGGACUUAGGCUUGAUUUCUCUAAUAAAAAAUCGAGAACCACCAAGCUAAGCAUGUCUUUUACAUGAAAAUUGUUUGGGAGGAAAAUGUGAAUUGUAGUACAACUUAUACUUUCAAUUUGCUUAUUGGCAUUUUCUGUAGAAGUACUUGGUAUCCAUUGGUUUGGUGAAAACUUGCUUCAUCUGUAACAUGCAAACUGCAAAAUGAAACUAAUGAAGUCAGACAAUUUUCCUUUCAA